ACGAUUCAAAGUUUUUUGUAUCCAUAUAUGGCUCGGAAAUAUUUAUCACGGUGCGUUUUUUCAGUGGAAAAUACCACGUUGGUCUUGAGUUUGUGAUCAUGAAUACUAUUCAAAGUUAAAUGGUUUUACUUCUGUGUUAGAAUAUGUUCUUAAAACAUUAUUUGUACUGAUAUAUGAAGAGGAAUCAUUGUUUGAUUGCUAAGUAUUCCUUGCCAAGCAAAACUUUGAUAAAGACAACCGAAAAGGUUUGUUUCAAUUGGAGUGGAUGUUUGACUUUGAUACCAAUACUGGUACGACAUGUACGGAGUCUUUUACUUCUGCAGUGGACUAUAAUAACUGGAGACACGUAGAACUUUAGCACUGAAAAUCAAAACUUCUUUUUCUGAAGUGUAGUCUGAUUUCUUCAUCAUGCCUGUGGCUUUAAGCGAGUGGAGAGUGCGUAUCGGAACUUUUAUCCACAGGAUAAAAGAAUGGGUGGUCAGAGAGAUGAGAGAAGAAUUGCUUAAAGAACGUAUUCAUAGGCUAAGGGUUCUUUGGAAACGACUGAAAGCAAAGAAGGAUGAUUCUGAAGGAGGGUCGCAAGAUCACAGGACCAAACAAGCUGAAGGGGAUUCAACCGAUUCUUCGUUGUUAAAUCAACAAGGAGACUGCAAUACCGAACCAUGCAAUAAAAUGGGUCAAGAUUCACCACAGCCGUGUCGUGUAGGGAGUGAUACCUUACAUCAUGAACUAUCUGGUCAAACGGUAAAAUCUCAGACAAACUCCGCUUCACUAAGUUCCGCGACACAUUCAAAGCUUUUCGCGAGACUUUGCCUAUUCCGUCCCUUUCUCUUUUUCUUUCUUUCUCCUUUCUUGUAUUGCUGCUUUCCUUUUAUUUUCCUAUUGUUUUCUUCUUUAUGUUUGCCCCUUUCUCCCGGAUUAGGUGUUCCCGUUUCUGUUUCUCUUUCCCUCCUUGUCGUGUUUCCCUCUUUACUUUCACUUUUUCUCUUCCAUUUCCUUCCCUUUUCCCGACGGGAGCAAAGUUUUAGAGAGUGUCAAACCUCCACAGCCUCUCCUUCAAACUAUGGAUCUGACACGAAUGAAACGGUUGAUGAGCAGUUACCUCAGCAGCCUAAUCUACAGGAGUUAAUGCUUGUUACUGCGGGGGAUGUGGAGCUCAACCCAGGCCCCCGUGAAGGUUCGAUUGAUAGGGCACUUCAAGAAAAGGAGCUGAUAUUACUUGCAAGAGAGGUUCCUGUUAACCUUUACGAUGCGUUGUGCAUCAGCCUUGGCUUCAGCUACACAGAGGGCCAGCAUGUUCUGACUAAACGUCUCUUAGACAUCCCAGGAGCUUUGAUCGAACUCUUCUGCCGAUGGAAAACCAAGCAGAGAGAUGGCACAGACUGCAGGGCAGUACUUGGAAGAAUUUUGAAAGAGGCAAACAUGGGUUUGCUUCAGAAAAGGCUACUGGAAGGAGAAUAUCUUAAAUCUGAAACUGAAGAGAAUGUGCCGAAUCAGGGGAGCACCCAACUGGCCAUGACUGAGGAGCAGGUUUCUCAAUGCGCUGAAGAACUCAAGUUAUUCUAUAGAGAAGGAAUGUGCAAAAUAAAGGCUAAUCCGUCUGCUUUCGAUCUAAUUUUUGAAUUCAAAGAAAUUUACACUAACUUAACUCUUCUCAGAAAUGAGAUGGGGACAACGAAGAAGAAAAGAUCGCUUGAAUACAAUGAACUUCUAACUACAAAGAUUAACGGAGUAACUCCUAAACGUCUUCUAGUUGAAGGUGAAGGUGGGGUUGGUAAAACAACACUAUGUUCAAAGAUUGCUUGGGACUGGACCAAUGGAGCAGAACAGUAUAAUCACUUCAGUUGGGUACUGGUUGUACCACUGCGCAACGUUGUCAAGGGUAAAGCAAUUGGGGAUAUCAUGAAAAAUUAUCUGAACGAUAAUAAUAACGUAAGCCCCGAACAGAUUGCGAAUUACAUAAAAUCCCAUCCUUCGGAGGUUCUGAUUAUACUUGAUGGAUUUGAUGAGUAUGAUGGGGACCUUUCGACCGAUGACACUUCAGAUAUUUUUAGGAUUCUACGCUUGGAAAUGUUUAAGCAGUGCACAGUCUUGGUGACAACGAGACCAUGGAGGGCAGAUCAGAUCAAAUGCAACCAGGAAUUGAGUCGUUUUUAUUGCUUCAUUGCUGUAGAGGGAUUUACUAUUAAAAAUGUCUCGAAAUACAUCGGAAAAUUCUUUUCAAAUGAUAGACAGUCUGGAUUAGAUCUACAGCAGUUCAUUCAAGAAAAUGACGUUAUCAAGGAGAACAUGGCCCCGUUCCCAAUCUACGUAGUCAUGCUUUGCGUCUUGUGGAACAACAUCGGCGUUGAGAAACGAGAAAUAAUACGCAAACUGAAAACAUUCUCACAAUUAUUUGAACAAAUGAUACUUUUCUUACGAGACCAUUAUCUAUCAAAAUUGAAGUCUACCAACACUUUGAAUGAAAAACAAUCGAACAUUGAAUUGAAAAAUGCUGAGAAAGGCCUCCAGCAGAUCGGUUCUGUGGCAUUUAAGGGGCUCCUUGAAAAGAAGUUGGUUUUCAAAGUUGAUGACUUCAGCUCUUGUAAGGACGCCAUGACAACAAGUUGCAGAAUAGGGGUACUUAGCAGAGAGAAAGAACAUGUACCUAGACAUAAAAGAUCUAUUCGUGAUUCCCAUAAUGUAACAACAAACAUUUUCUUUUCUCAUAGACUAUUCCAGGAAUAUGCCUCAGCUCUAUAUCUUGCUUAUGUUUAUGAAUCUGAUCCUGAAACGUACAGCGGGUUGAUGGAAAGAUUAAUGGAAGUAAAUCCCCAGGAGUUCCGUUUUCUCCUGUAUUUCACUGCUGCUCGGCAAAAGACAUUAGGAUUAGAUAUUGUUGAUAGAUUAAAGCGUUUACUUUUGCAUUCUGGAAAGAGAUAUACGGAGUGGAGGAAGAAAGAAGAUAUUAAUUUCCUCGUGGACGUCACUUUUGAAACGUAUGACAAAGAUACUGCAAAGAGGGUAGGACAAUGGCUAGAUGCAGAAGACAGAGCAUUAACGAUCAACGAGGCGCUGUCUGCGCAUACGGUGGCUGGACACUUGUUCAUCAACGAACAUCGUGGAAUGAAAACAUUGGACCUAAGAAGAAAUAUGCUUGGCCGUUCGAUAUCUCAUGUUAUAGCAACAGAAGUUUUUUCAUCCAGCUCACUGACAACCUUGAUACUUCUGGAAACGAAUCUCCAUGACGAUUUCUAUCGAUUCAUCUCUGACCAGAUUUCAGUGAACGGGACAACGACCAGCAAUAUUCAAAUCCUCUGUACAGAUCGUAGGCUGAUUGACAACUUACAUAAACUUGGCACAACACUUGAAAAAGUAUUCCCCGUGUUGAAACAAUUGAGUGUAUCAACUUUGCAAACAGUCUCACCGGUGAUAGUUAAACAGUUGGCACAUGCCAACCUAGAGUGGUUGACAAUUGAACGCCGCAGAGAAAGAGGCCCAGUUCCACUCAUUGGAGAACCUGAUUUACUUGGAAAAUUUUUCUCAGAUUUAUUCCCCCUACUCAGAUGUCUAGUCUUCAAUAAGCUAAUAAUGGGAAGCAAACGUACUGAAUCCAUUCUUAAAAAUCUGAGAAAACACCUGCAUUUGAAGUCAAUACGGUAAGGCUUACUCUCAGUCGUAUGCAUAGCAACUUCCUGGGCUACAUAUUGUGUGAAAGAGUGGUGAUGAAAUGCACGUAUUUCGUCACUUCUUGUGUAAUGGACCGCCUAGCAAACUGCGCUUCAGCUUGAGUGAACCAGACCAGGGGCGUGUUGUAUAAAAAUUGCCGUUAAGAAAAAAAAUCUAGCAAAUAAUCAUAAUAAUAAAAAUAAAAAUCCUAUUCCAAAAAAUGUGUCCUUAACACUUAUGCAUUAAAAAAAGGAACACGAAACAGGGAUCAGUUCUCAUGUGGGAGCUCAAUCGUAACACUUGUACCUGGGUUGCAAAUGCGAAUUCGGAAGGCGCUACCGCUCCGUUAUUCCGUGGCAUAUUGAAGCAAAUUAUACAAAGAAUGUGAUAUACAAAUAUAUCUUUGAGAAAAGUAAACUGGGGAAUUAUUUAUCCGAGGUUGGACUGGCAAUAAUUAAAAUAGGUAUAUUGCCAGUCCAAACGAGGAUUAAUAAUUCCCACUAUGCUUUCGAAGAAAACGGCUGAUAUAUUUGUUUUAUAUCCUUCUUUAACCAGUAGACCCAGUCCUUGCUGAUGUGUUAACAAUUUAACGUUAGAUCAAUUCUAUCGGACCUACACGUAGUCCUAGGGCUGUCGAGCAAAUGAUAUCCAGUGCUUGGGCAGGCUGAGCGCGGCUCCUACCAGACUGCAGCUAGUGAGAGUUUCGCUACGCUGCACCGCUGCAGUUAAUUUAACUAAUGAAUUUAAGAUAAUUUUUCUAGCGCGCAGGUUGACUUAUUAUUUAGCCGGUUAAGCCUUAAUAGUAAGGGAGCCAGCGGCAUCUGCCUAGCUGGGAAGGUUACCAAUUUUCAUCUUCAUUAUGAUAUGGUAUGUAUUCCCUUAGUAAGGAAUUGCGCGACUACCUGGUACUAACUGGUAGGUGUGGUCAGGACGGCCUUGAAAGCUACCAAAAAAAUUGAGCUAACCUGGCUGGAAAAAACCCUCACUAAAUCGGUGGAAUAUUGUCUUGAUUAGGAUCAGGGUCAUCGACAUUCUGUGUCCCAAGGAUGUUUUUUGGUUGUUUCUUUCCAGCAUGCAUUUCUCCAGAGCAAUGUUGAACUGCUUGGAUAAAGCUCAUAUCCACCUAUUUAAGCAGAUUCUUGGUCCACCAAAAACUCUGCCAAUGAAGCGUAUCUUCAAGCCUCAUGAUCAUCCGGGAAAAGCUUCUACUCUUGGAACAGAUCUUAAGCACCAAGCUGAACGAAAUCAAGAGGAGAAUUUAAAAACAAAACCCGGUCGCCCGAAUAGGGGGACCUGAUUACACAUGCAGGCUCGCACUAACACACUACCGUCGGUGAAUGGGGGUUAUAGUAAAAUGUCAGAAAUUGUAAAAUAAAUCCCCAGAAACGACGGUUAUUCCUGUCUAGCCAUAGCAAAGCAUGUUGUCUUGUCAUUAAUUGCAGUUUGAUAAAUGUUAAAGAAUUGGAUCUAGAUAUAGAUCCAAUCCUAUAAAGCCUAUAUAACUAAUGUAAGGGUAAUUAAAGGGUGCUAAUUCAUUUGUGGCAAUUUCUACGCUAACGUACGACCACGGCCGGUCAGUCACCGAGUGAAUUAAUUUUGUAAUGAAAGUCCACGCGCAUGCGUACUCGUAAUCCGAAGACGCAAGUCAUGAAUAUUCAUAUUUUGUUCCAGAACUGCGGUGGGAAAAAUAAUUUCGCGGCCGGGGGGGGGGGGGCACUCAGUGUAUAAUGAGCGGUAAAUAUGUGUCGCGGAGGGGACCCCCAUUUUCACACUAAAAUUUUCCGUUCCAAGGCAUAGCAUUUUUAUCUUAUUAAGAAAAAGAACAAAGAAAGCCGCUCCAAAGAAUAGCAUUUUCUUCUCACCGAGAAAAAAGAUAAAAGAAAUCCACUCCAAAGCUUCGCAUGUUUGUUCGUUACACCGUUCCGGCCGCAUUGAUCCGCUACGAUGAGCUGCAAUUUUUGUGAAAAGCGGCCACAGAGCGCUGUUCGACCAUCGCCUCUGCGCUAGCGCUCCCGGCGCCCGUUCCAUAGGGAUGCAUACGCACUCACAUGCAGGCGACCCGUUCCAAGGACCCCCGUUUUCACAAACAUUUUUAGUUCCGAAGCCCGUCCCGAAGACCCUCCUUUGUACAAUUAAGCCCACUCCAGAGCUCCCCUUUUUGGUCCACUUUGUCCAGUUCCCCCCUCCCGGAACUGCGGACGUUUUUAUUUUUCCUAAAAUAAUACGUGGUGGUGAUAACGAUUUUACGACUUUCGCAUAUCAAUAUGAUAACAAACAUACGUCAGGUUGAUACAUUCUUCAUCUUAAUUUCGCUGCACUACACUCAAUCCAGCGGCAGCGCCGCCGCUUGAGCCUGUAAGCGCCAUGACUGACCGGGCCGGCGCCGCCCCGGCUGGCCGGUCGGUGCGGAGGUAUACGGUUGGCGGGAAUGCUAACACAAAUUUGUAUUAAAUUAUAGAAUGAAUAUAGUAGCUGUGACAUACACCUUCGCCACUUGAUAGUUCAAGGGUCAAGCCCCGUCAAAACAUACAUGGCUUGAUACUGGACCAGAUAAUGUUUGUCUGUUAAUUGGGUCAAACGUUAGACUGCGACCUUAAUUACCUGGGCUUGGCUAUAGUCGCCGUAUUCGAUCCCGGCCUGAUGGAUUGCAAAAAAAAGUUCGGUCGGAUUUGUAGAUAUCACAUAAUUAUUCUAUAUUUUCAGACUCCAAUCUACACUGAAAUUGUAAAUUAGGAUUCUUACCAUGAACAUUUAUCGUUACUCAACUGCCUUAGUGCUACAUCAAUGACAGAUCAAGUCCAUGUCUGGCUAAGUCGAGUCACGUUCCUGCAAGUCAUAGUGCGGCCAGCACAGCCUUUACGCAGUACGCGCACCGAUGUGUCCCGGGAAGGCGCGGCAAUGCCAGAAGAUCAAGGUACUAGUAUUGGCUGUGGUGUUAGCUGGUGUAUUUUUUGUAGGGGCAGCGAAAGUUAGCAGAAAAACAGUAAUACAAUGUCAUCAGACUAUGUUUUUUUUUAUUGAUGCGCAGACUACAAGAACCAUGUUUACCUUUUGUCUUAUUUUG